AUGAAAGAACACAAUCUCACAGUAAUGACUGAAUUCAUCCUAAUGGGCAUCAGUAACCACUCUGAUUUGCAGGCCCCAUUAUUUGUGUUGUUCCUUGCCAUAUACAUGACCUCAAUGGUAGGUAAUUUGGGAAUCAUUGUUCUCACCACAGUGGAUUCACGCCUGCAAACACCCAUGUACUUCUUUCUCAGACAUCUGGCUAUUACAGAUCUUGGAUAUUCUACAGCUGUGGGACCCAAAAUGUUGGAAAAUUUUGUUGUAGAUGAAAAUACAAUUUCAUUUAAUCUUUGUGCCACACAACUAGCUUUCUUUCUUGUAUUCAUUGGUAGUGAGCUAUUCAUUCUCUCUGCCAUGUCCUAUGACCGCUAUGUGGCCAUCUGUAAGCCUCUGCUCUACACUGUCCUCAUGUCCCAAAAACUAUGUUGGGCUCUUAUGGCAAUGCCUUAUCUCUACUGCACAUUUGUGUUUCUUCUCAUCACAGUGAAGAUUUUUACUUCACCCUUUUGUGGCUACAAUGUCAUUAACCAUUUCUACUGUGACUGUAUCCCCUUGCUGUCUCUACUCUGUUCACAUGCAGAAGAAAUUGCAUUUAUUGUUAUGAUCUUUGCAGCUUUUGAUUUGAUUGUAUCUCUUCUUAUUGUUCUGGUAUCCUACAUUUUUAUCAUCAUAGCAGUUCUCAGGAUGAACUCUGCAGAGGGCAGGUACAAGGCUUUCUCAACAUGUGGGUCCCACCUGACAGUGGUGAUAGUGUUCUAUGGUACUUUAAUAUUUAUGUAUGUACAACCUCAGUCCAGUCAUUCUAUUGACAAUGAUAAGGUGUCUUCAAUAUUUUAUACCCUGGUUAUACCCAUGCUGAAUCCUUUGAUCUAUAGUUUGAGAAACAAGGAUGUAAAAUUUGCCCUACAUAGGACUUGGAGAAAUAUUUGUAAGAUCUUCCCUUAG